AUGGGAAUUUGUGUGUGUGUGGUUGAUGUUGUUGUUGUUAAGAGGUGUAACGGCUUCGCAUGGGCAACGGCGUGCGAGAAUGCUUCUUCAUCUGCGUCAAGGGCGCAAAGGAUUGAGGUUUCCUGUGGUCUCGCUAAGGAAGUAAUACUCUCCCUUUCCAAGGAGGGAGACGUUUCCUUUUCCACUUUUUUUCCCCCUUUUCAUCUUCAAUCUCUUAUUACUUCGUUUUUUUUUCCCCGCUCUUUCUCCUGGCGCCCCAGGCCUGCCACGUCCACACGGCGGCGGCAGCACACACAGCUGGCAGCCGCUGUGGCGCGUAGCUCGUUCCGCCAACGGGGCGUGGUGGGCCUCUCUCUCUUCCACCCCCCNCCACACCGUUGUGGCACGGCUGGUGCUGCGAAAGAGGCACAACUUGGUGCGACGGGUAGUGACGAGCGAGAUUAUGCUUUCUGCGGUUUCCUGCACUCUUGCUGUUGA